AAGCUCCUCUCACGCUGCUGCUUUCUGUCCGCCUGCUUCUGGCAAAAACACUGUCUCUCUGUGUUGGACAUCAUGGCUUCUUCUAAGCCAGUGGAGCCUCAGAUACCCCGCUGGCAGCUGGCCCUGCUGGUCGGCACCCCCCUGGUGUUGGGGGUCGGAGCGGUGUACCUGUGGAACCGCAGCCGGCAGGAGGGUCGAGGAUCCGGGGAGAGAGAGACCGGUUCAGGGGAGAGGAGCUCCGGGGAGAGGAAGACCCCAGAGGGCAGCGCCAGCCCCGAGGCCCGGGGCCAGGAGCAGGAUAGCAUGAGCCCGUUGGACCGGGCCCAGGCAGCGAAGAAUAAGGGCAACAAAUACUUCAAGGCGGGAAAGUAUGAGAACGCCAUCCAGUGCUACACAGAGGCCAUCGCCCUGUGCCCCACAGAGCAGAAGACCGACCUGUCCACCUUCUACCAGAACAGAGCGGCCGCCUACGAGCAGCAGAUGAAGUGGGCCGAGGUGGUGCAGGACUGCUCUCAGGCCGUGGAGAUGAAUCCUCGAUACAUCAAGGCUCUGUUCAGGAGGGCCAAAGCUCUGGAGAAACUGGACAACAGGAAGGAGUGCCUGGAAGACGUCACAGCGGUGUGUAUCCUGGAGGCCUUCCAGAACCAGCAGAGCAUGCUGCUGGCAGACAAGGUGCUGAAGCAGCUGGGGAAGGAGAAGGCCAAAGACAAAUACAAGAACCGGGAGCCCAUGAUGCCUUCCCCUCAGUUCAUCAAGUCCUACUUCAGCUCGUUCACCGACGACAUCAUCUCCCAGCCGCUGCAGAAGGGCGAGAAGAAAGACGAGGACAAGGACAAGGAGGGCGAGGCGGCCGAGGUCACAGAGAGCUCGGGCUACCUGAAGGCCAAGCAGUUCAUGGAGGAGGAGAACUACGAUAAGAUCAUCAGCGAAUGCAGCAAGGAGGUGGAUACCGGAGGCCGCUACACCGCAGAGGCCCUGCUGCUCCGAGCCACCUUCUACCUGCUGAUCGGAAACGCCACAGCCGCCCAGCCCGACUUGGACCGGGUCAUCAACAUGCAGGACGCCAACGUCAAGCUCCGAGCGAACGCCCUGAUAAAGCGUGGCAGCAUGUACAUGCAGCAGCAGCAGCCCAUGCUCUCCACUCAGGACUUCAACAUGGCCGCGGACAUUGACACGCGCAACCCUGACGUCUACCACCACAGAGGACAGCUGAAGAUCCUGCUGGACCAGGUGGACGAGGCGGUGGGAGACUUCGAUGAGUGCAUCGUCCUCAGGCCGGACUCAGCUCUGGCUCAGGCCCAGAAGUGCUUCGCUCUGUACAGACAGGCGUACACAGGAAACAACCCGUCCCAGGUGCAGACGGCCAUGGACGGCUUCGAGGACGUCAUCCGGAGGUUCCCUAAGUGUGCCGAGGGAUACGCUCUGUACGCUCAGGCUUUGACCGAUCAGCAGCAGUUUGGGAAAGCUGACGAGAUGUACGACAAGUGUAUUGAACUGGAGGCAGACAACGCUACCACAUAUGUCCACAAGGGUCUGUUACAGCUCCAGUGGAAACAGGACCUGGACCUCGGGCUGGAUCUCAUCAGUAAGGCCAUCGAGAUCGACACCAAAUGUGACUUCGCUUAUGAAACCAUGGGAACCAUCGAAGUUCAGAGGGGAAAUCUGGACCGGGCAAUCGACAUGUUCAACAAGGCCAUAAACCUGGCUAAGUCAGAGAUGGAGAUGGCUCACCUGUACUCGCUAUGUGACGCCGCAUACGCUCAGACCGAGGUGGCCCGGAAGUACGGGCUGAAGCCUCCGACUCUGUAAUGCCAACACGUCUCCAACCAUCGCUGUGUUCAUGUCUCACCUCACUCUGAUUUGUAAAAAAUACUGGACCCUAACAGAGCCCUGAAUAUAUAUACACAGUGUUUACAUCAGCAGGGGUUUGUUAGCAUAGAGAGAAGGAUUUAUAUUCACCUGGCUGCAGUCCUGGCCUCAGGGGGGCAGUUAGAGGGGUUGUUGGGGUGAUUUAAAGUGGGUAUGAGGGACAGGAGUAGUCAGUAGAUGGAGGUUGGAGAAACAGACAGACUCCACUGAGAAGUAAUCCUACGUCACAGCCGAGUUUCUGGUCUUACGCUGCCUUGAUUGAGUAGUUGAUUUGUGUGGCGUUGGUCCAAACGUAAAAUGAAUCACCGAUGGAGGCGGCGGGGCGCCAGAAACUUCAAUGAAUGUUUUAGAGAGGCUUCAGUCCUUGCAGAAAGGGCUGUCUGACAGCAGGUGAACCACUUCAUGGUUCAGCCUCUGAUUUCCACUGCAGAACAUCCUCAUGCUACCCCACUUUAAAACAUGCAAACUCCCCCUUUAACCCCACCAUCAUCGGACCUCCUCAUCGCUCAGAAUACAGAGCAGCUUAUCUAGAGAGGAGCACAGGGAGGGUCCUGAAACACCUAAUGAGUAGUAACUAUGUGAAGUGUGCGCCGUCUGUUGAUUACUGACUUUAAGGCUUUUGUGACUUUUUGCGGAGAAUACUGAGAGCUUUUUGAAUGGACUGUACACUCGUUAAUUUAUGCUGAUCUAAAGUGUCCCCCCCCCCGCACACACACACACACACCACAGGCUGUGUAACAUACACUUUCUGAAUGAUUAUAGUCCCUGUGUAACGUCUGUGUUUGUAAUGCUGGAACUGAUCCCAUGGGUACGGGCUGCGGAGGUUAGCUUAGCAUCAAGUGUUUGUUUUAAUUAUGAUGGGAUUGCCUGUUUCUCUAAUUCUUUUUUAUACUUUGUGCAGCAUGUUCACUUUAUAAAUAAAUGUAAAUGCAAUGCUCGUGCUGUCUUGAAUACUAGGAAACCAUAACAGACUUUGGGCGAGACGUCCUUCAUGUCUUUAGUUUUGUUUUUGGGAUUGUCUUUGUUUUGUCAGAUGUCACGAGGGGUUGGAUAGUGAUUCAUGUGUCCUAGCUUAAUUGAGAUUUAUUUUCUAUUGUGAAAUGUUCAUUUGUCCUGCAACAUUACAUCUUUUGACAGAGUAACCUUUUAUUUUUCUGUCCUUUUCGAAUGAUAUUGUCACAACCCGAGCCUUAUCGCUUUUCUCUUGAUGCAGUGCAUGAUUUGGUUCUCCAGUAGCAUCCGUACUUUGUAAAAAAUAAAAGUAUUUACAUUUUA